CCUGUCAGUGCUCAUCAGUGCCACAUGCCAGUGCCCAUCAUUGCCACAUCAGUGCCUCAUCAGUGCUACCUAUCAGUGCAGCCUAUCAGUGCCCAUCACUGCAGCCUCAUUAGCGCACAUUAGUGAAGGAGAAAAAUCACUUAUUUACAAAAUUGUAUAAACAAAAACUAAGAAAUUUUUUUUUUUUUUUUUUAUUUUCAGUGGUUUUUGGCUUAAGAAAAAAUAAAAAUCCCAGAGGUGAUUAA